AAGAUGGCAAACGCUGGUCUAGACUUGUUAAUGGUCAGCUUAAAGAAGCUAAUAUGCUAUGACAGCACUCCAUUGAUCAAUAAUAAUCCGUGUGUUCAAGACGAAAGGCCUCGGUUCCAGUUUCUGUAUCAGGAACUUGAAUCCCUAAGGUCCUUUGUUCUUAAUAUGGAGAUCACAAAGGGACCCCAUGAUCAGGUGAAAACUAGAAAUUUAGAGAGAAGGCUUCGAGAUGUUGUGGAGGAAGCUGAGGACAUUGUUGAUCUAUUUCUGACUAGAGCUUUCAUCAGAAAUAACACAAGCAUGAUGAUUUGUGGUUCUGAUGUCAGCUGUCACCUCCCAAACAUUGAUAGUGCUAUUGAAAAUAUCAAAUCCAUUAAAAAAGAACUUACGGAUACCAAGACACAGUCUCAGAGUGAAGUCCUACAUCCCACUGCUGGAACUUUGCCAGGCAAAAGUUCAUGUAGUGCAGUACUUAAAGAAGAAGUCAUUGUAGGCCUUGAUGACGACUCAAUGGUUUUGAUGGACAGGCUUACCGGAAAUCAAAAGCAAUUAGAUAUCAUAUCCAUUGUUGGUAUGGGAGGACUAGGGAAGACAACUUUGGCAACAAGAGUAUUCAAUGAUCCAUUUAUUGUAUAUCAUUUUCAUGUCCGUGCGUGGGUUUCAGUGUCCCAAGUGUAUACUAAGAAGGAUCUUUUAAUCUCCCUGCUAACAUCCAUCUCUAAACUAGCACUUGAAAAUAUCAAGAAGUUGAGGGGAGAGAAAAUCUCAGAAUUGUUGUAUAAGAGCUUGAAGGGCAAGCGAUAUUUAAUUGUAAUUGAUGAUUUAUGGAGUGCUAAAGCAUGGGAUGAUUUGAAGAUGCACUUCCCAAAUGAUAACACCCGCAGUAGAAUUCUGCUUACCACUCGCCUCUCUGAAAUUGCUUUCUAUGCAAAACCAGGCGGUUUCACUUACAAUCUUCAAUUUCUAACCAAAGAGGAGAGUUGGGAGUUAUUGUGCAGGAAAGUAUUUCCAGAAGAUGGCUGUCCUGAAAGAUUGAUCAAGCCUGGAAUACAAAUUGCUAAAAAAUGUCAGGGGCUACCACUAGCAUUGGUUGUCAUAGCAGGACUUCUAAUGAAGGAGGAAAGGAGCCCAGAGUUGUGGGAAAAGGUUGCUGAAAGUGUAAUUUCAUACAUUGCUGGCGACCCGAAAGGAUAUCUGGAUACAUUGGCUUUGAGCUUAGUCCAUUUACCUCGUCACUUAAGAGAUUGUUUUCUCUACGUAGGAGGUUUCCCAGAAGACUGUACAAUUCCUGUGCGAAGGUUAAUCUGGUUAUGGAUCGCAGAGGGAUUUAUACUUGAAGAUGGUCAAAAAACCUUGGAAGAAGUGGCUGAAGAUUACUUGUUGGAUCUAGUAGACAGAAGUCUAUUGAUUGUCGCCAAACGAAGGUCAAAUGGUGGGAUCAAAGCAUGCCGUAUCCAUGAUCUAUUAAGGGAGCUAUGUUUGAAGAAAGCUAGAGAAGAGAAUUUCUUCAUGAAAACAUCCAGGUCAGGUUACCUUACAUCAUCUAAGUUCAUUUCAUGUACAGAUAAGCAACGGCGUCUUUUUGCAGACUCGAACUUUUUUUAUGAGAUCUCUUCAGACCAUUCUGCCCCACAUAUUCGCUCGUUUGUGUGCUUUAACAAGGAAUGGUACUUCAGUCUAGGGGUCCAGAGGUGUUUCCAUCCCUUUCUACUUGUUAGGGUACUAGAUCUACAAACUAUUCACACACCCACAGUCCCCCUUGCCUUAGAACUGCUGGUUCAUCUUAGGCACUUAGCACUUUGGUCUGAGGUCACAAGGCUCCCCUCCUCAGUGUGUAAUUUAUGUAACCUUCAAACCCUUAUUCUUAAAGAAAAUUACUCCGGUUUCAUGAAGUUACCAGAAAACAUAGCCAACAUGGUAAAUUUGAGGCAUUUGUGGAUUGAAAUGAUCAUUUCUAUUCCAGAAACUCACAACCCAACCAACUCUGGUGUAUUUUUUAACUUGCAAACUGUUUCUAUGCUAAGAUUACAUGGUAGAGCCGAAAGUUUGUUGAAAAGGAUUCCUAAUAUCAGGAAGCUUGGGUGUGCUGUCUAUGAGGAUAAAAAGGAAGAUUCAUUCCCGAGUUUUGGUUUAUUAAAUCACCUUGAAACUUUAAAGGUGAUACAACCAGAAGUGAAAUCAUUGUUGUCGAAUAAGCGUAUUAGUUUCCCUGCAACCUUGAGAAAACUUACGUUAUCAGGAUGUCGUUUUCCUUGGUUUGAUAUGUCGAAUAUCCAAUGGUUGCCAAACCUUGAAGUUCUCAAGUUGCUAAAUUAUGCUUUUGAAGGACCCUUAUGGGACACAGGGGAGGGACAGUUUCGCCAAUUAAAGUUCUUAAAAUUGCAGAACCUGGAUAUUCAACAGUGGAAUGCCUACAGUACUAAUUUUCCAUGCCUUAAACGAUUGGUGUUGCUAGAAUGCCACUAUCUUACGGGUAUUCCAGAUGAAGUGGGGGACAUCCACACCCUUGAGACGAUUGAUGUUGAUAAAAGGAACCACUUUGUUGUCAAAUCUGCUAAUAAAAUUCAAGAAGAGCAGCACGCUAUGGGAAAUUAUGAAUUUAAGAUGAAUGUUAUAGGGCUUUUCACCUCAAUAAGAUGAUUUCCAGGUUUUUGUUUACAUCACAAAAGCAUGUAAAUAUUCAGCAUAUUUAAUAUUUAUUUAUGUUCUGAAUGUGAUUGUUACUCUA